AUGGCGUCUACAUCCCGUAUCGGACCCCUUGCAUCUCCCGAUUGGGUUCCCAGAAGUCGAUCUCCAGAAAGUUGGGGUCCUACAUCGCCUGGGCCCGUCCCUUUCUCCCCACCGUACAUUCCUCGAUCUCCAGAGUCGACUCCUGGAAGUACAUCUCCGGCAGACUACCUCUACUAUCCUACAUCUCCUGGACCAGUCCCGCCAUCUCCGCCAUACAUCCCCCAAUCUGCCGAGUGGAUUCCUGGAAGUGUGUCUCCAGAAAACUACUAUCCUACAUCGCCUGGGCCAGGACCCCAAUCUCCGGCCUAUGCCCCUUCAUCUCCUCAAUGGGGUUCCAAAGGUACAUCUCCCACGAACUACUAUCCUACGUCGCCGGGACCCGUGCCCCCGUCUCCGCCAUACGUUCCCCGAUCUCCCGAGUGGUGGUCUACAUCGCCGACUCCAGCACCCCAAUCUCCGGCAUACGCCCCUACUUCUCCUCAGGCGGGUUACAGAGGCACAUCUCCCGUGAAGUAUUAUCCAACAUCGCCUGGAACCGUGCCUCCAUCUCCGCCAUAUGUCCCUCAAUCUCCCCAGUGGGCAUUUACAUCUCCAACCCCUGUUCCGUUGUCGCCCUCUUCGCCCGCCACCGCCAGCCACUUCGAUGAACAUGAGCGCGAGCUUGACGGCUCUUGGGGCAGGGGCCGCUUCGUCUACACCCGGGCGAGGUCGAUCCUCUCAGAGGAAGAAGAAGAGCAGAGGCAGCGUGGUGAGCACGAGACAACAACCGAGCCUUUUCCCGAGCUUCCGGACUGGGAAGAGGACGAGAGAACAGAGGGAAAAGCAGAGAAAGAUGUUCAAGAUGUCAUGGUACAUGAACCUGCUGCUGCCUUCCCGGAGGAAGAGGAGGGGGGACUGCCCGACUACCAGUACUACGAGCAACUUGAUCAGGAGGAGAAAGGAGAUGCGGAGAAGACUGCGGCAGAGACUCUCAUGCAGCUCGAGACGCAGCAUUCGGUUGCCGAUCCGUACCCUGACAUCGCCGCUCUCAACUACGAGCCUGCUCAGUCCAACUUUUGCCAAUCCUACCCGUCGUCUGAAAUCGGCAUGCACCAAAGCGUCGAAGAUAAGCACGCCAACUGGAUCUCUUCUUGCUCCUCCUUCCACAGCUCCUCGGCCAUCAACAACCCCGCUUGCCGAGUUUCCCAGAGGCUGAUUGGUUGCGUCAAGGUCCAGAAGAGGGUCGAUAGGAUGAUGUGGAACAAGUUGAUGCAGAAGAAGAUGGUGCGUAUGAUGGAGGUGUGCGAGAAGUAUGUUCCUGCGGAUGUGCUGAAGGGGUUGAAGCGGUAG